UCUCUCUCAAAAAUAAUGUUACUUGUUAUUUUUAAGAACUUGGAGGGUGAAAUCGUACUUUUGAAACUCUCUAUUAACGAAAGUAACAAGCGAAUCCUGAUAAAAUAUUUUUUCCUUUUUACAUUACGCUGUCGACGAACCCGCGUUUCCCUCAUUCAGGCCUGGACUGUCGCAACCCCCAAUCCUCUCCGCCACUUUGAACCACCACCAGGCGUCUAUAGUCGACUCUCCGUUCGGCUUUCGGGCUCUGCGGAAGCGAAAUCUAGCUUGAGAAUCAGCAUGGCCGACGACGAUUACAAUGAUAUGGAUAUGGGAUAUGAGGAUGAGCCAUUGGAGCCUGAGAUUGAAGAAGGAGCCGAAGAGGAUGUAGAGAACAAUAAUAAUGAAGAUGUUCCUGGAGAACCUAUAGAAACUGAGGACAAAGAAGAUGAGGAAGUUAAAGGAGCUCGGAAAACAUCAAAAUAUAUGACCAAAUAUGAACGAGCCAGAAUCUUGGGUACCCGGGCUCUGCAGAUCAGCAUGAAUGCUCCUGUGAUGGUUGAGUUGGAGGGUGAGACUGAUCCACUUGAGAUUGCCAUGAAGGAGCUUCGGGAGCGAAAAAUCCCAUUUACGAUUCGUCGCUACCUUCCUGAUGGAAGUUACGAAGAUUGGGGAGUUGAUGAAUUGAUUGUUGAAGACUCUUGGAAGAGGCAAGUGGGUGGUGGUUGAUUACAGCCUUAUCGAAGCCACCCAGCUGGAGACUUUGCAUCAAUGGUUAAAGUGUGUUUCAAACUAAUAUCAUUUAGCUGUUUCUUAAGAGACAUUUUGGGCCUUGAUAUCUUGUCUGGUUUGAGGUUGGCUGUCUGGUUUCAUCUUCAAUAAUAUAUAUAAACUAGAAAGAUCUUGUAUGAGGUGCUAUAUUCCAAGAUGAAAUUAACAUUUUCACCUA